UCAGUAUUCUUUUCUUGGCAAGAAUUUCCAUUGUUAAAAGCUACUUUCGUCCCUUAACAUCAUCAUCAUGUCUAUUCAACUGAUUAUUGUUGUUGCUCUAGUGGUUGGAGCUUCCGCUUCUGCUGUUCCCAAUUAUAGACCCCCUCGUCCAGUAUACGGCGCUCCACCCAGAUACGAAUACGUCGAGAUUCCGCAUUGCGCUAAAAACACAACAAAAUCCUGGUGUCUCGAAGAUUCUGAAUAUCCUCAACAUGAAGUCCAACAAGCUCUCGAUGUGCACUACCAGGCCGUCCUCGCUUUCUACAAGGACAAAUUGGCCAGCACAGAAAAUUCUGUCGAUGGAUUGGACAAGUUGAACGACGAGGUUUACCUUUGCCCGAGUUCCACUGGCUACAUCCGUCCACUUCGUGCCAUCAACGUCGAUGGCAAAUGGCGCACAAUUAUCAACAACGUCGAGUCUUAUGGCAUCAAGUACACUCAAACUGCUCGUGUGGAAGAGUGUGAUGUUGUUGUUGGGACCAGUUGUCCCUUAGUCGAGUCGUGCUACGCCUCGAAAUGCAUCCAGAAGAACAUCUUCCAUCGCUUUUUGGUUUACAAUCCUUAUGAUGAAAAUUUCCCAUUCGCAAUUGAGAAAUUCAAACUUCCUGGCUCGUGCGGAUGUGUCGUCGGAGCUUUCCACUUUUGAAGAUAUUCAGCGCUUUCAAACAAUCCGCUUGAUGGCUGUGACUGUACAAGAUUCGUUCUAACUGUAUAGGCACUGAAUCCGUUAAAUAAUUUAAAUUUAUUUAUAAAAAAGAAAUAAAUUCAUUUGGCAUUUA